AUGGACCAAUUCUACAGCUGGAAGGAGGAGAAUGGCUCCUGGCAGAGGAACAUGGGCUCCAUGGAGACGUUUUACCUCAGCCUGGCUGCUCCCGAGGGCCAGCCCGUCCACUGGAUGAUCGGAUCGGGCGUCUCGAUCGCGUACCGCGGGGACGAUGAUGUCGACGUGGCAGAGGCACUGAAACAAGCAUGGAGGCGUGUCCGCCACGACUUGCCCAGCGUCGGCGCCACCGUCGACCUGGUCAACCAACGCUUGGUGGUUGGGCCCGACGACGACGUAUCCGUGGAGGCGUGGCUGCAGAGCUCGUUUCGAGUCCACGACGGCAUCACGGCCGACCAGCUCUUCUCCGGCUUCAAGAGCCGGUUCUCCAUCACGCUACACUUCCUGCGCGGCACAAACGAACUCGUGAUGCAGGCAAUGCACGCCCUCUUGGACGGCCGCGGCAUGCUGUAUCUCUUCGACGCCCUGUUCAAGAGGCUGUCUCGGCCAGGCGACGCACAUGCCGCCGGCGGCGCUCGCAACCGUCCGAAUCUCACCAGACCGCUGGACGAGUGGCUGGGGCUCUCGCAAAGCCCGUCGCGGCAGAACGUCGAGGACGCGCAAGUCUUGUUUCGGCGUCUGGUGCAGGACAAGCCGGUUGGGCUGGCCGGGGUAGACCUUGGCCUCACACCCGCCCGGCCGGCUCACAAAGAGCUGUGUCUGUCCGAGAAAGACACGCAGAGAAUCGUCGACGCAUGCAAGAGCAAGGGCAUAACGGUCACCACGGCUUGGCACGCCGCCGUGGCCACGGCAAUCCAGGUACGUACGUGCCCGUGCCCCCUCCCCCCCCCUGCGAGAUGCGAGUCGAACCCGGCAGAGGAAGCAUCCACGCUCAUCACCGCCACGGCGCGCCAGAAGAUUCAAAGCGAGGAGGGCGAGGCGGGCACGACAUACGCCCAGUUUACCACCAUCGAUCUACGACGUUGGUUUCCGGCGCCUUUCGACGCCGAGCAGCACUCCGUCGGCAGUCUCCAAACGGCGCUUCCGUUUGUCGUGGACCUCGGCGAGGACAGCAGCUUCGACAGCAUCGCCGAGCGCCUUCAAAGGGACUACAAGAAGCCGUUUGCCUUUGCGCACGACGACCUCGGCUGUCUCGUCCCCGGCAUGGCCAUGUACAGGCGCAUGCUGGCGGGCGGGCAUGUGCCCCCGAGCAGCACGCCGUACCUGUCCAGCAUGGGUGUUGUCGACGACUUUGUGAGCCCUCGCUACGGCGGUUGGGAGAUUGCCGAGUACUGGGUCAGCUCGACCAUGUUGACGGCUGAUUUCCAGGUCUACCUGUGGACUUGGCGGGGACAGAUGGUGCUCAGUGCGUGCUACAACGAGGCGUUUUACGAGGCGGCGCGGGUUGGUGAUGUUCUGGGGGCCGUCAGACACGAAAUGGAGAAGGGUCUGGGUGUCUGGUGUCGGAACAGGCGAGGACUUACGAGUGGGUAG